AUAAAUUAAAAUAAAUUGUUCUGUCUUAAAUUUAAGAUACGUAAACCAUAAAAUUUAACAUGCAAAAUACACACGACUAUGAUUUAAAUGAAAAAGUUUAAAUAGAACUUUGGACAAAAAUAGUGUUUCAUAUUUUUACCAUACAAUUAUCAUGAUGGAUUGCCAAAAUGAAACCAACUUAAAGAGAGGUCUCGAUGUGGUUCAGAGAAUGAUUGAUAUAUCAGCAGAUCGAUUAGAAGGUCUAAGGACACAAUGUAACUCGAGUGCAGAGCUGACACAGCAAGAAAUACGAACACUUGAGGUAAAGCUUGUCAAAAUGUUUUCAGAGCUUCUUGUUCGAAAAGAAAAGCUCCCUCAAAGCUUACAAAAUGUGUCUACAAAUAAUCGAGAAAUCAAGCAAUGGCUUCGAGUUGUUGGUUUAAAUGGUGAUUCAUUAAACGUAAUGCUUCAUCGAAUAAAUAGCUUAGAAAUGUUGAUUUGCACAAACGAUGCGGAAAUACGGGCCAUUCUAGAAGACGGCUCGACUAUACGAGACGAGGAAGCACGAAUAUUAAUUAGAGCAAUGAACUGUUUAAGAAUCAGUGAAAAUAGCAUUAAAACCGGACUAAAAGAACAAUCUGAUCUAUUUUGGGAUUCUUGGGACCGACAACAAAACAAUCACAUAAAAACAGGCAUAUCUCCUAAAAUAGAACGUGGAAAAACAAAUAACAAAGGUCCUCGCUAUCAGAAUAUGUUUUCAACAAACACUGAUAACCUAUUGAUUAAUCGGAUCGAUCAACAAACAGAAAACACAUUGGAAUUAUCGCCACCAGAAGAUGGAUCAUUCCACACAUUAACUCCAUCACCAUCACCUCCUGACUCCCCGGCAAACAGUUUUAAAACAAGAACAAAAGGAUUUCCAACAACACCCCCACCUAAGAAAAAACAUCAAACUCUUGUUUCAUCGAACACUUCAUUUGGCACUCAAUCAAUACACUUAAAUAAUACUACUGCAAUAAAUAUAAAUUCAAGCAAUGUUAAUAUUGGACCUAACAAUGAACAAAGAUUGUUAUCGAAAUCACAAUCGCAUGAAUUGCAGUUAACAAACGAAGAUCAAAUUAAUCAAGUUCAAUAUAAUUCUCAAAAGCAAAUUGCGGAAAGCUCAUAUUCAAUUUCAAAUGCGAAUAGCAACAUUCAACAAGCCAAUUUGAGCAAUAAAGUUGUAAACGGUAAUUCGAUAUUGCCAGAAAGCAAAGAACAUAUCCCGUCAAACACAACAUUUAAUAGUACAUCAGAGAUUCCAGUACCGACAACAAGAUCAAGAUUACAUACUGAACCCGUUUUAGGUUCUGAUAUGGAGCUCGGAGAUUCUAAUAUAUCAUAUAGUCUUAACGUACCCCGUUCUCCAUGUACUCCCAUAACACGAGGAAUGGGACAUAUGAUACAACAUCGUUUUACGAAAAACUUUCGUGUUACUACAUGUACUUGUGAUCUUUGCAACAAACAAAUGUUUUUUGGAUUCAAAUGUACAGAGUGUAAAUAUAGAUGUCAUAAAGAUUGUAAACCUAAUGUGCCACCUUCCUGUGGAUUACCACAAGAAUUUGUUGACGAGUUUAAGAAAACAUUACAAAGCGAAAAUGUAUUAUCAAAUACAUCACCAAGUUUGGGAGGUAGAAAUUUAUUGUCAAGUAAUAGACGUGAAAAAACUCGUAUUCAAGCACAUAAUGUACAUGGACAGGAUAGCAGUUCAGCUGGUUCAAGUUGUAAUAGCUCGUCUCCCUCUAGUCCUGGUUUAUUGAUCUCAUUUCAUUCACAAACUCCAGGUGCAUCGAAUAAAUCCCAAUUCAAUUUUCCAGAAGUUAAUUUCAAAAAUAGUUCAAAUGGAAGUAACACUUUUAAAGAAAAUGAGUUAUUAGAAUUGUCAGAAGAACAAGAAAAACAGAAACUAGACCAAAUGCAAGUUUUUCCAUUGCAAAGUCAUUCUAAUACCAGUGGCUUAAAUUCACACAGACAAAAUCUAUCAGAAUUAACAGAUACCAGAAAGAGUAACGACAGUGAUAGAACGGUUUCAUUAACUGGAUCCACUAGUACAAGUACUGAUUCAGACCGAACACCAAUACGAUUAGACUCAAUGGAAGAACGAGAUACUGGUAACUGGCCUCGACAAAAUAGCUUAUCGUUAAAAGAGUGGGAUAUACCAUACGAUGACCUUAAGCUGCUGGAAAAAAUUGGAAAAGGUCGUUUUGGAACAGUUCAUAGAGCAUUAUGGCAUGGAGAUGUAGCAGUAAAAAUAUUAAAACCUGACUAUUUAGACGAUGAGAGUACUUUAGAAGCAUUUAAGUUAGAAGUAGCUACUUUUAAAAAAACACGACAUGAAAAUUUAGUUUUGUUUAUGGGUGCCUGUAUGAAGCCACCCCGAUUGGCUAUUGUAACUUCACAUUGCAAAGGAAGCACUUUAUAUACCCACAUCCAUUUAAGAAAAGACAAGUUCAAUUUAAAUCGUACUACGCUAGUAGCUCAGCAAAUUUCUCAAGGAAUGGGAUAUUUACAUGCAAGAGGAAUUGUGCACAAGGACCUCAAAACAAAGAAUAUAUUUUUAGAAAAUGGAAAAGUUAUAAUUACAGACUUUGGGCUCUUUAGUGCUACGAAAUUGACUUACACAGAGCAUGGGUUAGGAAUUGCUCGUGAAUGGUUAUGUUAUUUGGCUCCAGAACUCAUAAAAGGACUAAAACCCUAUCGGCCAAUAGACGAAGACUUGCCUUUCUCAAAAGCAUCUGAUGUACAUGCUUUUGGAACAGUUUGGUAUGAAUUACUUUGUGGAGAUUUUCCUUUUAAAUCUCAACCGCAUGAAUCUGUUAUAUGGCAAGUUGGUAGAGGCAUGAAACAAACUUUAGGUAAUUUGCAAGCAUCUCGUGAUAUAAAGGAUAUUCUAAUGAUGUGCUGGUCUUUUGAAGUAGAAACUCGACCAGAUUUCGCUACAUUGCUACAAUUACUUGAACGAUUACCAAAGAAAAGGCUUGCAAGAAGUCCAUCACAUCCAAUUCAAUUAUCCAGAUCAGCAGAAUCAGUAUUUUAAAACUUAAUAAAAAAAAAAUAUUUUAACAAACCGAAAUCGAAAUAAAAAUGCACUUUUACAAAAAGAAUUUGUGCAUUUGGUGUGUGUAUUAUAAUUUAUAUACGACUGUUGCAUUUUUAAAAUGUGUUUUUGAUACUUGUUCAGUGAAAUCAAUUUAAUAUGAAACCAGAAAAUAUUGUAAAUUAAUGAUGUCAAAUAUAUACUAAAUUGUAAACACUUACGUUAUAAUAACUACAUUUUGGGAAAGAUGCAAUUAAAAAAAUGAAUGCAAAUAAAAUUAACUUUAAAUGGUUUCAAUUUACAUAUAAGAAAAACAAAAAGAUCUUAUGAUUCUUUCGCAUUUUGCUCAAAAAAAGAAUAAGGCGAAUAAAUUUAAUAUUUUCAUUUUUUGUCCCAUGAGGAUUUUUACGAGGGGGGGGGGGUAAAUAAAAAAAUAAAUAUUUUUGAAUUUUUUGUUUGUAAUUUUUAACGUUUUUAGGCGUUAAACGAUGAUUCUUAACAUUUAUAUAAUUUUAGAUAAUAUAAUUUUAAAAUUUAAACUUAAAAGUAAAGAAAAAUCAAACAAAAUCUCCACAAAAUAAAAUUUUUUGAAAAAAGUAAAUUUGGUCACGUGACUUUCAAAAAAAUGUUUUUCAAGAUUU